UGUAACUAAAGGAAGUCCCUCCGUGGGCUCGCCCAGUACAGUUUCACCGCACCGCUCCCUGCGCAGGCAUUCCCGACAUUCUCCGCGCUCCCUGCUCUGCACCUGUCGGACAGGUGUGGCGGGUUGACUGAGCCGAGCUGCGGAGACACACAGCGCGCGCGGAGCCGUUCAUGGUCACCUAUGGGUGAGUGUCUGCGCAGAGCGUGCCCCUGCCUGCAGUCACUGUGGGAGAGGAUCCUCACGGGCAAGAAGGCUCCUCAGCCAGCGGGAGCAGGAGGUGAAGAAGAGGAUGGAGGAGGACGGAGAGGGACCUGCAGCGACGGGGAGCAGCCCCAGGCCCCGACGCCGCCCCCGAAGCCCCCGAAGGAGACCGCCUCCGAGGGUAGCUGCAUCUACACAGCCAUGUGGCCCUUCGAGUCCCGGCACCAGGAGGAGCUGUCCUUCCAGGAGGGAGACCUGUUCAGGGUGGUCAGCCGCAGCGGAGACUGGUGGACGGCGCGGAAGAUCGACCGCAACGGGCACGUCGUGGCGCAGGGCAUCGUCCCCAACAACUACCUGGCGAGGGCAGAGUCCAUCAACGUGCAGCCAUGGUUUUAUGGGAAGCUGAGCCGCUUUGAGGCCCAAAAUCACCUGAUGGCCCCAGGAAACGAAGAGGGAGCCUUCCUCGUCCGACAAAGCGAGAAAGACGACAUCGGAUACGUCCUGUCAGUGCGAUCCGGCAGCCGCGUGAAGCACUUCAAGAUCCACCAAGGAGAUGAUGGUUUCCACAUCGAGCCCAAGCAUCAUUUCAGCUCGCUGAUCGACGUGGUCGACUUUUACUGCGCCAACAGCCUCAACACCACCGGCCAGCUGGGCAAGCCCUGCAAGAAGAAAAGGCCAGAAACCCAGGAUUUGAACCACUUCACGGUGGACGAGUGGGAGCUCCCGAAGGAGGAGUUCACGCUGGAGGAGGAGCUGGGCAGCGGCUUCUUUGCUGAUGUUUACCGCGGCCGCUGGAAAAACCACAUCAGCGUCGCCAUCAAGAUCCUGAAAAGCGACUCGGAGCUGAACCACAAAGAGUUUCACGGGGAAGUUCAGAUCCUAAAGCGCCUGCGCCACCGUCACCUCAUCUCGCUGUUCGCCGUGUGCACGGCGACCAUGCCGUACUACAUCAUCACCGAGCUGAUGGAGAAGGGCAGCCUGCUCAAGUUCCUCAGAAGUCCAGAGGGCCAAAUACAAGACGUCGCAUCCCUCGUUGACAUGGGAGGCCAGGUGGCUGAUGGGAUGUCAUAUCUGGAGGAGAUGAACAGCAUCCACAGAGAUCUGGCGGCUCGAAACGUCCUGGUGGGACAUGACUACAUCUGCAAGGUGGCCGACUUCGGCCUGGCCAGAGUCAUCAAGGAGCCGUUUUACAUCUCAGAAGACAAAAAGAUUCCCUACAAGUGGAGCGCUCCCGAGGCCAUCAGCCACGGGAAGUUCUCCAUCAAGUCCGACGUCUGGUCUUUUGGCAUUCUGCUCUACGAGAUCAUCACCCGUGGAGGAGUUCCUUACCCAGCUUACAGUAACCAGCACGUGUACCAGCAGGUAACCGUGGGAUACAGGAUGCCCCAACCGCCCAACUGCCCAGACUUUCUCUAUGACAUCAUGCUCCAGUGCUGGAGCGCCGAGCCGGCCGACCGGCCCGACUUCAAGUCCCUGAAGGCCCAGCUGGGCCGAGAGGAGCUGGAGUGACACACACACGCACGCACACACACGCACACACACACACACACACGCACACACACGCACACACACACACACACACACACGCACGGACUCUUUGAAGCUCGUCUUCUUGCAAAGCUUCAUCUGGUCAUCCCUGAGAGCACAGAGAAGUUUAGGUAACAGCUCCCAUCAUAAGCUAACGAGUUUAGUGAGCCAAUCAUCUGCAGAUUACUGCAGGACGAAAGACGGGUUCACAAACUGUUUUAUCUGUUUUGUCCUCCAUGGCUGAAGCUGGAGGACGGCCGAGACACUGAGCCGUCAGUGUUUUUAAUCACAUUACUCAUGUUUCACGAGCUUUCCUCAGAGCUGACAGAUGAAACCACACGCGUCACAUGAUGCUUUAGAAGCUACUCAUAGCCUCGCUUUGACCUCUGAUCUGACCUCUUACUGCCCUCAGGUACCAGUAUGCAGAAGCCUAAAUUAAAUGAAAGUGACUUAAAUUAAACUAAACAGGACGUGUGACAAAACCAAAGCUUCUGCCUGGAAUGAGGUCCCAGCAGUCAUGGUCGCAGGUUCCUGGCCCCUGUCAAACCGCUUUAGUUUGAGUCUCUGCGGCCUGACGAGGCGACGCUGCAAACGUUUACUCAGCAAACUGAAGCGUCGAACACAGCAGUGAAGCGAGGCUCGAGAGGCUGGUGCUGAGAAAUGCUUCCUGCACUUUUUCGGGCUUCACUCGUUGUUUCAGGUUUUAUUUUGUUGUCACUGUGAUGCACUUUUUAAAGCGAAUGAUUGUGUUGUAGGUCAUCAUCGUUGGUAAUAUUACUGACAUUUUCCUGCUCUGUAACACUUUCAGCAGCUCUGCUCUGUCGUCUCAGAAUAAUAUUUUCUUCUAUGUGAACUUUGUUUACAAACACAUUUCAUGCAGAGAAUAAAAGAAGAAGAAAAUCAAUUUGCAUAAGAUUAGAAAGUAACGGUGCAGCUGUAGUGUCCAUCUGUGGCCUGCAGGGGGCAGCGCAGUCUCAGGAGCUGCUCUCAGUAUAUUAAAUAUGAGUUUUAUAAGUUUCUGAAGAGCCAAGUUUUUCCUGCACAGCUGUGAGGAGAGAGGCUGACGCUGCUUACUCUGAAAUCAGACCUUUCUUCAUUUUUCAAAAUCAAUUAAAAAAAUCUGAUGAUC